UGGAAGAAAGAAGAUAAGGUAGACUGCGAGAGAAAGAGAGAAAAAAAAAAAGGAGGGGGCGCCGAUGGAGCCAAGCCGGAGCAGAACCUCUCCAGACUCGGCAGCGGAGGAGGAUCUGAGUGGGUUUGGUUCAAAACAGCCUGUAUAUUCGGAAUUGGAUGCAAAGAGUGAUUUGGGAAAGAAGCCUUCUCAGAGGAUGCAGUCGCGGGCUAUAAUUAUGUACGAAGUUUGGGAAUUGAACAAGAAGAAGGACGUUGUGUGCUUUAUUUUAUCAUAUCCUCCUUUCAACUCCCGGAACAAUGAAACACACAGAGGCUGGAUUCGACAUGUUCUGGAGAUUAAUCACAAAGUAAGAGAAGAACUUUACACGGAGAAAGAAGUGAGUGUUUCAGAGCUCUCUUCUGAAAUCACUAGAUUGCUUCAUCAUUCAAUCCAUGAUAUCGAAGCUCAUGUUCCAUCAGAUCUCAUUGGGAAGAUGUGUGAGUGGUGGUCUCCAAGGCAUACAACACCUAAGAAGGCAAUGCUGGAUUUGUGUAUUGAUGAUUUUAUGAUUCGCCAAUUUUUACAAGAUAUACAAAUUCCCGAAAUCCGGAGGAUUUUGAUUUCAGAAGUAAAUGAUGAAACCUUGCUGUGCAGACUGAAGAAUCUUCCACCAAUAAGGCAAAUGUUUGAUCUCGUCAUUCAAGUUAAUGUCAAGUUUUGUCUGAAAAUUAAAGAUAUAGAGGAUAGAAUCAUAGAAGAAUUGGGUUUCUCAACAUCCAGCAGAGGGGAAGCAGAGCAAUUAUUGAGAAGCCAAAAUUUCUUAAUCCUUCUUGAUGACUUCGAUACACGGAGAAUAAAUUUGCAUGACCUGGGGAAUGGCUGGUGGAACUCAGAUAACACUCAAAAGAUAGCUUUGAUAAGCUUUCUAGUUCAUCCAGAGGCGCCAGUGGAUCUGGAGAUUAGGAGGAACCAUCAUCUAUUAUCAUGGGAAUUAUUUUGUAUGAAUGUUGGUGAAGUUGUGCAUUCUUCAACUAUCCAGAAACUAGCUGUACUUGUGUUGAAACAAUGCUCUGGCCAUUUACUAGCCACUGUUCUAAUGGCAAGAGCCUUAAAAGAGGUCAAGGAUGUUCGUAUCUGGCAGCAUGCAUCUCGGGUAAUAAGCUUUCUACCAACAUCACACACCGAAGAUAGAAUUUUGCUUAAUGCAUUAUCAUUUGUUCUGGGGCAUUUAGGUUCUGCAAAUAAAUAUGUAAAAUAUUGUGCAUCUUAUCUAGAGAUAGAAGGAACAUACAAAGUGGAUUUGCUUGAAAGGUGGAUGAACGAAGACUUAAUCGGAACACUCGAUGAAGGAGAACAGAUUGUUCAACAUCUUGUCAAUGCCCUCUUGUUGGAAAGCUUUCAGAAUGGACAGUCAAUUCGAAUGCGAGAUGAAAUCCGUAAGGAGUUAAUGAAUUUUUAUAAAGCCGAAACGAAUCCAAUACUACUUGUUGAAUUAGAUGGAAGAGGACUCAUGGAGGCACCAAAAAAUGAGGCAUGGGAGGAAGCUAAUGAGAUGCAUUUGAUGAAUAAUAAAAUAUCCAAGCUACCAGAUAAUCCAAAUAGCCCUAAACUCAGCGUAUUGUUCUUACAAGGUAACCAUCAUCUGAGAGUUAUUUCUACAUCUUUUUUCCAAUGCAUGCCUAUCCUUCAAAUCCUAGACUUGUCCCAAACUAAAAUAAAGUCUUUACCACAAUCCUUUUUUAAGUUGGUUCAACUUCAAAAAUUCAUUUUAAGAAGUUGUGAACUAUUCAAAGAGUUGCCAACCGAAGUUGGAGAACUUUGUCAUCUUGAGGUACUUGAUCUUGAAGGGACUGAAAUCAUAAAUUUACCAAUUGCUAUUGGGAAAUUGACAAAUUUGACAUGCUUGAAAGUAUCAUUUAAUCCUCAGAUUAAUCAGAAUAGAAGAAACAAUCAUUCAAAUACAAUCAUACCCCAGAAUGUCAUAUCCAAUCUGCUUCAAUUGGAAGAGUUAAGCCUAGAUGUGGAUCUAGAAGAUGAGAGAUGGGAUGAAACAAUGAAAGAUAUUGUAAAGGAAAUUUGCAGCUUAAACCGGUUGCAUUCUCUUAAACUUCACUUGCCAAAAGUUUUUCUUUUGAAUGACUUGACAAAUGGAUCAUCAUCAAUGAACCUAUCAUGCAUGUGCUUUAGAUUUCUUGUUGGCAGACAUCAGAAGCGCAUGAUAUCUCGGUUGUCACAUGAAUUUGCAAUUAAAUUUGAAGAACAAGAAAGCUGCUUGAAGUAUUUGAAUGGUGAAGGUGUCCCAAUUGAAGUUAAGAAGGUUCUUAAGCAUGCUUCUGCAUUGUUCCUGGAUCGCCAUUUAACUGUUACCAGCUUAUCUGAAUUCGGGAUUAAAAAUAUGAAGAAUCUUAAAUUUUGUGCAUUAGUGGAAUGUAAUGAGAUUCAAACCAUUGUAGAUGCAGGUGAUGACAGAUAUGGUGUGCUUCAAUCACUAGAGUACUUGUAUCUUCAUUAUAUGAAGAAUCUAAGGAGCAUCUGGAAAGGGCCACCUAUUUGGAUGGGUUCGCUAUCCAAUCUAAAAGUUUUGGCAUUGCAUACCUGCCCUGAAUUGGCUACCAUUUUUACUUUCAAUAUUCUUCAACAGUGCUGCAACUUAGAGGAGCUUGUGGUUGAAGACUGCCCUGAAAUCAACAGCAUAGUGAAUCAUAAAGUUCUUGCUAAAGAUGUAGGGCCAUGGGCAUGGUAUCUGCCAAAGUUGAAGAAGAUGUCCAUUCAUUACAUGCCUAAAUUGGCCAGCAUUUCCCAAGGUGUACUGAUUGCACCAAACUUAGAAUGGCUAAGCCUCUAUGAUUGCCCGAGCCUCAAAAUUCUCUCCCCAGAGGAAGUUAGCAGUUGUAAAUUAAAGGUCAUAAUAGGAGAGGCAGACUGGUGGAGUGCAUUGGAGUGGAAAAAAUCAGAAUGGUUUCAACCACCAAAUCUGGAUGCUAUCUUUGUUCCAAUUGAAAGGGACAUAGAUUUGAGGACACAGUUAGCAGAAAUUAAUGAUCAGCUUCAAGCUCAGAUGCAAAAAACAGAGCCCUCUCAACAGUCAGGUCCUGGUGACUCUCUGAAGGCCCCUGCAGUUGAGGCUGGAACAAGCGCAAAGCAGAAGCAAAUGAAGCUCGGGCAUCUUUUCAUGAAGUGGCCACUCUCAGAACUCCAUCCUUUUCUCAUUCAAGUUCCCUGAAUGUGAACAAACUAAGGCAUCUAGUUUGGUAUUUUCCGGAUAGCUGCUGAUUGUCUUAUUGAUUGUUGUUUGUUUAGUUAUUUCAUGUUGUGAUUGAUUGUGGGGAAAAUGAAACUUAGGACCUUACUUCAAUCUCUUUGAAUAAAUUGUGAUGUGGACUUGUUUAUGCUUUUUGAAUCCAGUAUUCAAAAGCAACAUGCUUCAGUUUGUAUUGAAGUAGCAAUCAGUUUUACAUAUAA